ACCUCAUGAGGGUGGAGGCUUUACGUCUUGAAGGCGACUGCCUUCUCUUUAUAGACUAUCAUCAUCAUCCACACCACAAUGGCAUCCGAUUAUUACGAUGCGAGAGCGUUGGUUUUAAAAACGUUUAAUCCUCACAUGCUGUCUGCCCAUCAAGUAGACCUCUCAGCCAUCAUCUAGAGCAAUGGCAUCAACCGUGGACCAAGCCGCUGUGCAAUUCCCUCCUCUCUUGUCCAAGAAAUUCAACAUCACUGACAUCAAACAAGACAUGCUCAAGUGGGAUAAGGAGUGGGAGGCGGCGAUCGCAUCAUCAACAGCAGCAGACGUCCUCAAGGAGAUUUCCCGUGUCUUGGAUGAUUCUUUUUUCGCUCUUGAUGACCUGGAGUCCUUCCACUUGGAUCUCCGCAACGUCCAAGAAGCCACAGCUCAAAGCCUGCGCAAGAUCUUCCACGAAGGGCACUUUAAGACCAUAUGGUUGCUGCUGGAUGCCUCUGAGCAGAGGAGACAUAUCCUUGAGGGCCUUGAGAAGGCAUCUGAGGCACCUACGUUCUGGGGCCAAGAUAGUCGUGCUCUUUGUCCGGAGGUCACAGUUUCGAACUUGCUAUCGGAGGGUGGGAAGCGUUUUGUCGUUUUUCUUGCUCAUUUCUUGGAGGUCUUCGAGUCGUCUGAUCCAGCGCUCCUGCCAAACUCGUGGUGGGAACAGGCGUCGGAUAUGCCAAACCCAUGGUGGGAACAGACAGCGCAUGAUGCUGAGAGAAAGAGAUCCGAAAGCACAAAGAUCGUGUUUGAAGUCGCAAGUAUCAACAGGAACAAGUUCAUUGGUUUCUUCUUGCUGUUCUCGCUGGCGUCGAUUUUACACGACAUUACCCAUCGUAGCAAGGGGAUGAAAGAUGUCCUGGCCGUCAUGGAGAAUACAGGAGCAUAUUUUGCCCAUUCCUUAGCACAGGCAAAGUCCUCUCUCAGGGACAAGCCCCUUGUACGAUGCGAGAACUGCACGAAGACACCAGAAGACAUCGGACAAGGCGCUCGCUUCAUGGUAUGUAGUACUUGCAAAUCGAAACUUCAGUUCGAAGUACAUUAUUGCUCUCAAUUCUGCCAGAACGAAGACUGGCCCAUUCACAAAAAGGCCUGUGGCAAGAAGAAAGUUUCGAAAGGUCUCAGCGGAACCAAGGGUGACAACCUUUGGCAAUUCAGUGGUCAAUUGAGUCCAAUCGCCGACAUGAUGCGUGAUCUCCCAGGAAAUCAGGAUGGGACUGUGAGUCUCGCAAACAUCGGCGUAAGUCCCUGUAAGGGCCAACGUUCCCCUGCUGCCGAGCGUCAAGCCAAGAUGCUUGAAGCUGACAAAGAUGCCGAUUAUUUCCUCUUCACUGCAAGCGAUGUACCAGUUCGCUUUGUAAUCGAUGAUCUGGGAGCGAAGAUGAUCUUCCGGAUCAAUCGGCGCAUGUUCAUGACGCAGACCGCAGAUUCUGGCCUCGAGGCUGUAGCUGAGUACAUACUCAAACACAUGAGCGAAUAUCCUGGUUUGAGUCGGGACAUCAUCCUCAAGCAGCUCUGCGCGGAAUACGGAAAUAACACCACUGAAAAGGUAGUCGAGUGGGAGCGGAAAAGUCGAGAACGUGGAAUCGGCACCGGCACAGUUAUAGGGUCUCUGUCGAAGGAUUUCAUGAAGAUAUUUGGGCACACCAUCUCCAACUGAGACGGCACAUCGUCUUCUCAAGAGACUACGAAUGCCUUCCGAUCGUAUCCGUCCAGCAUUCCUUUAACCUGAAACGCUUGACCUAGUUCUUCAAGGAUAUUUUGUGUGUCGAUAGAGUAUACAGUACUUAAUCGUCAUGUUAUUAUCGUGGUGAUAAACACCAAGUUCACGCUUAUGCUAACUUCCAAUUCAAU